UUUAAAAUCAAGUCGUAGUAAUCAUGGAAGUUUUCAAUGCUGUCUUGUUUCUCACAAUGAUCUUCCUCAGUAUGGAUCACGUCGUUUACGGAGGAGGAGUAUCGAAUUGUUGCAAACAUGACGCUGAAAUUCGUAUACUACGCUUUUCUUGUAUUUGUGAACUGUAGCCUUUUGAAAAGCAGAGUGGACGCUGCAGACAGACGUUGUCCAGAUAAUUAUAUCCGUUGUAGAGACGGGAUUCGAUGCUUCCCUCUUACAUCAUUAUGUGAUGGUACGACAGCGAUAUGUAAAGAUGGUAGUGACAAGGAUCCCAACUUUUGCAGAGCGCAGACUUGUCCUUCAACUCAUGCUAAAUGUAGAGAUGGAAUCCAAUGUUUCCCAUUACAAGAUCUGUGUGAUGGUGAUAACACUUACUGCCGUGAUCAGAGUGACGAAGAUCCCGACUUUUGUAGAGAUCAAAAUUGUGAGCCUGGUUACACUAAGUGUAGGGAUGGUGUACACUGUUUCAUGUCUCAAUGGCUCUGUGAUCGUGCAGGAACAUUUAAUUGUCCAGACCAUAGUGACGAAGACCCAGAGUUCUGUAAACAACAAAGAUGUCCUGAAUUUGAAGGUUGGGGUGGCUGGAAUGGUUGGAGGAAAUGUCGGGACGGAAAACAAUGUUUCAUCGCAACACGCUUAUGUGGUGGCGACUUUGCGUAUUGUAAUGAUGAAAGUGACGAGGACCCUGAUUUUUGUAAAAACCAGACAUGCACUGAAGGCUAUAAUAAAUGUCGUGAUGGUAAUGAAUGCUUUCCUUUGUGGGGAUUAUGCGAUGGUGGAAGUGGAAGCAGGGGUACAAUGUAUAACUGUAACGAUCAGAGUGAUGAAGAUCCUGCAUUUUGUAGGGUACACGAGUGUGCCAAGGACUAUGUGAAAUGUCGAGACGGUAUCCAGUGCAUUCAACGCAAUCGUCUGUGUGACAAACACGGCUGGUCUCUUAAUAUUGAUUGCGCUGAUCAAAGUGAUGAGGAUCCUGAGUUUUGUAAAUUACACGCAUGUGCUUCGGGGCACUCUAGAUGUGAGGAUGGUAUUCAUUGUUUCCCCGAUGUGUCCCUUUGUGAUGGACUGAUUCACUUUUGUCCAGAUGGUAGCGAUGAAAAUGAAGACUUCUGCAAAGAGAGAAAUUGUGCAUCUGGGUUCACUAAAUGUAGAGAUGGUAUUCAUUGUUUUCCUUACUCAUCUUUGUGUGAUGGACAGGAUGUGUAUUGUGCAGAUGGAAGCGAUGAAGAUGAUGAAUUUUGCAAAGCUGCUUGGUUCGAAUAGUAAAAACGACACGAGGACGGUUGUAAAGUAAAAGCCUAAGGAAGGAUCUGUUCGUCAAAUAAAGAUACAUGUAUACACAUGUGAAUUAUGAUUUCAA